CUAUAAACCGUGAGAGUUGCUGCGUAUUUUGUAAUUUGGCAAGCUCUGAUUCUCCUUAUCACUGCCCAUAAUCUUGCGUUUCUCUUCUCGAAAGAUUCUCUUACUUUCUCAGCUAAAUAAUUGCAAAUCUCUUACUGGCUCAACCUCCAUCUUCUUCUCACCAUCAGUCUAAUACAAACCCAUUAAACAAUUGUUUUCCAAUCGUCACAGUAGAAAUCCAAAUCAUAACAUCUGCUCCGCAAGAUAAUCUCACCCCAAACCCAGAACCCACCAUGCAAACUCCACCAAAUAUGCCUGAAGAACUCCCUAUCACCACGGCUCCCACCACCACCGCGACUACCAAAUUAUCAGGGAAACUCACUCUUGUCCCUCUCAUAUUCUUGAUCUAUUUUGAAGUCGCUGGUGGUCCUUAUGGUGAAGAACCUGCUGUCAAGGCUGCAGGACCUCUCUAUGCUCUUCUUGGUUUUUUGAUAUUUCCUUUCAUAUGGAGUAUUCCUGAGGCUUUGAUUACAGCUGAGCUUUCCACCGCCUAUCCUGGAAAUGGAGGUUUCGUUAUAUGGGCUGAUCGUGCUUUUGGCCCCUUCUUUGGAUCCUUAAUGGGGGCUUGGAAAUUCCUGAGUGGUGUCAUUAAUAUUGCUGCCUUUCCAGUUCUUUGUAUUGAUUAUAUGGAAAGGGUACUGCCGGUAUUGGAUUCAGGUUGGCCUCGAAAAAUCGCCAUAUUGAUUUUUACACUAAUUCUAUCUUUUCUCAACUAUACUGGAUUAGCCGUAGUUGGCUAUGUUGCUGUUGUGCUUGGUGUAGUUUCUCUUUCUCCUUUCGUAAUUAUGUCGCUCAUUGCAAUCCCCAAGAUUCAUCCCCCUAGAUGGGUCAGUUUAGGCCAAAAAGGUGUGAAAAAAGAUUGGACUUUGUUCUUCAAUACCCUUUUCUGGAACUUGAAUUUUUGGGAUAGUGUCAGCACUUUAGCUGGAGAAGUAGACAAACCUCAGAAAACAUUCCCUAUGGCUCUAUUUAUAGCUGUGAUCUUUACUUGCGUGUCUUACUUGAUUCCUCUCUUCGCGGUGACCGGAGCUGUUUCUGUGAAUCAAAGUGAAUGGGAGUCAGGGUUCCAUGCCACUGCAGCAGAGAUUAUUGCAGGGAAAUGGCUCAAGUAUUGGAUUGAAGUUGGUGCUGUGUUAUCUGCUAUAGGCUUGUUUGAGGCUCAAUUGAGCAGCUGCGCUUACCAGCUUCUUGGUAUGGUUGAUUUAGGAUUUCUUCCUACUUUUUUUGGCAAAAGGUCCAAACUGUUUAAUACUCCUUGGGUGGGGAUAUUGCUCUCAACUUCGAUCACAAUUGGGGUAUCAUACAUGGAUUUUACUGAUAUAAUUUCAUCAGCUAAUUUCCUGUAUAGUUUAGGAAUGUUGCUGGAAUUUGCAUCUUUUAUUUGGUUGAGAAAGAAGUUGCCAGAAUUGAAAAGACCUUACAGGAUUCCAUUAAGGCUACCAGGAUUGGUGAUACUGUGCUUGAUACCAUCUGGGUUUCUGGUCCUGAUAAUGGUUGUUGCUACUAAGACUGUUUUUUUGGUGAGUGGCUUGAUGACUGUGGGAGCCAUUGGAUGGUAUUUUCUCACGAAGUUUUGCAAGUCAAGAAAGCUGUUCAAAUACAGCAAUGGUGAAGCUGUUGAAGGGUGACAAAAGCUCAAUUAGACGGUUGAAUUAUUCGCAGAAAUGGACAAAUAGGGAAAGAAAACAAGUUCCUUGUCUCAAGCUUUUCAUCAGCAAUAUUGAAGCUUCAACGAGCACUGUAGCACCUGUCAAGAUCCAUAAAUAUUUUGUUGUCAUCUCUCUAUUUCUCCUUCGUCAGCUUUUUUUUUUUGUUUUUU